ACACGAAGAUGUUAUUGAGUGGAUUCCUUUUAAUAGAUUAAUUAAUUUAUGCAAUAUUGGAGAGACAAGAUUUAUUGCAAUAUGGAUAGAUGGAAUACGAAAAGUCGAAAAUAAUGCACAAUCACGUUCGUCUUCACACAUAGUAGAACUUAAGGCAUCAGACAAUCUUCAAAUAAGUGCAUUGGAUUUUAUAAGAUACGUAACGAAUAACACAUCUUUCUAUUUGCAGUUUAAGAACCAGGAUAAAGAACAUAAAGUAUAUGGGGUAACUCAAGAUACCUUAGUACAAUAUAUUGUUGUGGUUAAUUUUAAUCCUAUAGGAAAUAAGAAGUACGGAGCAUGUAAAUGGAGUGAACAUUAUAAUACUUCAAGAGAAUGGUGCCAACUAUGUGAUCCUUUUAGAAUAACUCAAGGAUGGACAAGCGAAAGUAUUGAUAUCGACAAUUUUAUUAAGGAGUUUCAAUCUAUAGCCACCGACGAUCUUGCAUUAAAAAUUUGCAACGGAUUGCGAUCAAAUUGUGCUCAAGGAACUCCCGAUUUAUAUGUCGAUUUUGCAAAACUAUUCGUGGAUUAUGAUCCACAAAAACGGCCUACAGCUAAAGUUAUUUUCAAAAGCUUGAAAAAUGAGCUCGACGAACUUGAUGAACCAGAAACGGUAGAAAUAGGUAAUCAAUUUUGGGAAUCCGAUGAAAUAGUCAAACAGCUACCUGUAACUUUGCAAAAACAUCAAGAUGACACAUAUACAAGUCAAUUUAUCGAUACUUAUGAUAUUUCUCAACGAUACAACAAAUUUGUUAAAAGCAUUAAUAUAUCUCAGCGGCAUGAUAAACCAGUUAAUAUUAGCACAACAGAUUUCACUGCAAAUAACUUGAGGAUAGUGUUGUAG